GAUGAAUUUGAAACCAAGUCUUUUAGUUAUAUUCAUCGUUUUGACUUUUCAAGAGUUUAUAUCUGGAGAAAAUAUCUGUGAUGAGGCUAUAAUCAUAAAUGAUCCACUAGGUAAACGUUGGACUGAAUAUUCAUUAGAUGAUUCUGCAACAGCUAUUGAUGAUAGACAAUAUUCGUUCAAAUGGAUAAGAUUUAAUAGUACAGUUGGUCCAUAUAUUGCUGGAUUCUUUCCUGGGAAAAACAAAUGUGGAACCAUUCGACAAAUCUGGAUAAAAGAUGAUCCAGCUGAGCAAUUUAGUUCAGAAAUACUACAAGCUUGUAUAUCAAACCAUAUAAAUCCGUGCGCUACGCUUAUAGGCAUACAAGUAUAUAAUUGUGAAUCAUUUGUCAUAUGGAAAUUAAUGACAGAAAUCCCUAUUAAAGCUGGAAUAUGUUUAGGUUCUGUUUUUGAUAUUACAGUUCAUUUUUAA